GUUUUAACAAAAAAACAAUAUGGCGGUACACAGAGGAGUGAGAUUUUUUUGUUAGCUCUUCUAAACGAAAUUGCUCCUCGUUCGUGGUAUAUAUGAAGUUGUUUUCACUUGAAUCGAAGAAAUCACUUACUUGUCUAAAGUUUGCAAAGCUUUUGAGGUGUUAAACCGUUCAAUUAAACGUUUUCAUUGAGGUUUAAUUUUGCUUCUUAUUAUUGAAAGUUGAGGGUAGAUUUUUCCCAUUAUACUGGGUUGACAGGGUUUAAACCACAGACAGUUUAACUUAUGAUGGAGUUAAGGUUAAAACAACUGGAAAAGACAAAGGCAUACCGUGACGCGGUGUUGGGAUUGCGAGAUAAUGUCAUAGGUCCGAGAAAACGUGUUAUAAUAGCCCCAAGUAUGGAAAAGACUGAUGGAAGAGGUGGAGACUUUGCUAGCUUGCCAACUGUGACCACACAAAGAGCUUCGGGAAGAGAGAAACAAAUAGCAGAUUCUGGUCACUCAAAUGGUAGGUCAACCCAAGGAUCUUUGACCUAUACUCUAUCAUUUUAUUCUGUCUGAUGUCAGACAAUUUUACUCAUCAUAUGUUACUCGUCACGGGAAGAAUGCUGAUGCUUAAUAGGUUAAUUGGUUUUUACUAACUAUUUUUAGAAAGUGAAAGAAUUUCUAGAGAGUUUAACAGCUACAAGGCUUGGGUGAAAGAAAGGAAGCAACUACGCAAAGAUUUAAACCAGUGUGGAAUGGUUUCUGAUUGGCUGCAGAGCAAGCCAAGUUUGACGGAAAUUGAGCAACGUGUCCAAGACUCACAGAACAAAGUAUCCACCAAGACCUCUGUGAACAAAAUGAAGAACAGGGUAAUGUAUUGAUCAAGACCUUUUAAGUAAUUAACUUUUAUUAACACAAUUGAGUGGCAGUGCAAGCUAUGACAUUAAAAACUAACUAUAUACUUAAUUUCAGAAAAAAAGCAGUGAUGGUCAAGCCAUAUUUAGUAAUUGUGACUCCAAGUACACGCCUGUGAUCAAGCAGCCAUUGCCAGUUGCCUUGGCAACCAUUAAUGAGUACCUGGCGAAGAAAAGGCUUCGAUUUUACGAUCUGUUUGUGCAAGCAGAUCGAGACAAGGACUGGAAAAUCACUCGAGACGAAUUUAAAAACGUAAUGAAGAGGACUGGUAUUCCUCUAAAAGAUGCAGAAAUUGAUCAGUUUGUUCAGGCGCUUGAUGAAAAUAACGAUGAUGUGCUUGAUUAUAAAGAGCUGGCUCAUGGCAGGAAUUUGUUUAUACGUAAUGAACGGUACGGUAGUUAUACUGUUGCAAAUGCUGUAAUUUGAUUGGCUACUCUACUCAGGAUCUAUUCCUUGAUAGAUAGUGAUUGAGUAGCAAAACAAUCAUUUUCCUGGCCCAUUUUUUUUUAAAUGGUUUCCGGCUCACGUUUUUCUGAGGAUGAACUUGAUUGUGUACUCUGACUCUACUAAAACAAUAAAAUUACUCACUCUCAAUUUCCCAUAGAAAUCUCAAACUCAUACAGUAAUCUAUUUGUUAAUCAUGAUGUUAUUUUUAUCAUUUUAUGACUUGAUUUUUUAUGGGUUGGACUAUGAAUUACCACAUUGAGCACCUGAGUGGGUGCCACAAGGUUUAUUUGCUUAGCACUGGAAAUAUCAAUUCUGCUCUCCUUCCUCCACUCUGAGCUUUCAAAAAAAGUUAUUUUUCAUCAACAUAGUAGACUACUUUAUAGCCUAGUUAUUCUUCAAAACGACGUACUAUUUUGUAAACUGUAAUUUUUUUUUUCAUGUUAAAUCUAGUAUCUGCUUGUACCUACAAAAUUUAAUUUACCUUUACUUAAUAUUUUUGCAGCACAAAAAAGCAUUCGGAGGAAGAUGAGGCAGGCGCACACCCCUCAGACUCAUCAGGAAAGUUGCAAGAUGGAGAUGGUUUGAAUACCGGUCAGAUACCAGCACAACUGUCAUCCCAGUCUCUUCUUAGCUUGCCCGAGGUGUCAAUUAGUAGCGAUCAUAUUUUUACUGCCGGAGAACAGGUUAGACUGAAAACUAACUCACUUAAGGACCUGUCAACCUACAGACUAACGACUGGAUUAACUGACUGGUCUAUGAUCUGACCAACAAAACUCGCGUUGACUUCUUUACAGACCAACCAAUAGACUUAUUUAUUAAACAUAGCAAAACGGAAAGACUUUUAAGGCCCUGUCACACCAUUGCAUAUCGUACUGGCGUAUGCCAGCAUUUGAAAAAUAUCACUCAUACGCCGGUAUACGCCGACAUACGCUACGUUAGGCAUAGGUUGUAUACGCUAGAGGUACGUUAGGCAUAGGUUGUAUACGCUAGAGGUACGUUAGGCAUAGGUUGUAUACGCUAGGGGUACGACGGUACGUUAGGCAUACAGUAGGUUGUAUACGUUUCAAGCACGGUCGCAUACGCUGGCAUACGGCAAGGCAGGGUUUUUUUUAAGCAUGCUCAAAAAUUUUUUGCGUAUUCGGACGUAUGAUUUAUACGAUAAGCAUACUCUAGGCACACGCUGAAUACGCUAGAGGUACGCCAGAUGUACGCUGGCAUUUCAAAAGAUUUUCAGUGCGUAUGGAAAUUAUUUCAUUAAUUUUCAUACGCUUCUCACACGUUUCUCUCAUACGCAAUAGUGCGACAAGGCCUUAUAAUAUAGCACCAUCGAUAAUAGGAUAAAAUAAACAUUUUUAUCCUAUUAACUAUAUAUGGUAUAUACAAAAUAACUGUUUAUCAAGUUAGAUAACCUCAGCUUCAUUCUGUCAUUUCUAGGACAAUGAAAAACGUUUAAAGCGGCAAAGGAAAAGGGAAAAGCAUCGACAAAAGACAAAAUCGUCGGAGAAGAUCGAACGUGAAUGUUGUACCAUGGGUGGGGUAACUGGAAUGCUUGUUGAUACAUUUCAGAGACAGAAACAACACGAAUAUGAACGAAUCUUAGAACUAUGUCAUUUACAUGGCGUGCCGUUGUCUAAGAAUCUCUUGGAAAGAGGUAAGAUUAGUUCAUGGAAUUAUAUCUGUUGAUUGUUCUGAUUUGUCAGUCAUUUAUAAACCCAUUGAGCACCAACUACGCCCCCUUAAUGAUUAAAUCUUCUUGUGUUGGACAAGAAGAUUUAAUCAUUAAGGGGGCGUAGUUGGUGCUCAAUGGGUUAAUGAAGUAGGCUCAAUGGCAUUAUAUAGUAUUCAGUAAGAUAAGAUUUAGACUGUACCUCAAUCAGUCGUUACGGCUAGUUUGCAGGAACGUAACUAUAGGAUUUUAGAUUUACCGAGUGGAGUCGUCGGGGCAUGCUCCCCAAGAAAAUGUUUGAUUUUCUAUAAGGCUUAGAAACGCUAUUCCGUGUUUGUGUAAAUUUCAUCCAGGAUCUGUUUUCUUUAAACUUGAAGUCUUCCUGUUUUGAAUUUUUUUUUCACAAAAAAAUCUUACCGAGUCAACUGACUCGGUCGACUCAUAGCUAUAGUAACGGGCCUGAGUUUGUUUUCCUAUAUUUCCAUUGCUAGUUUUGCUACAUCCAGAAGAUAGAAAUUUUGACACGUGCAUCUCGUCGUUAAAACCUCCCAGUAGAUACCUUAUGUCUGAGGAAGAUUUGUACCGCAGGCUGAUACCAAAUAACGCGGACAGUGGCAAAAAACGGUUUUCCAAAAGCAAACGGAAAAUCAGUUUCUACUCGUACCAAGUCUAUCCUCCAGCCGCGUCAGUUACACCGAAGAUCGAGAGAAUGAAUUUAUCGUCAGGUCCAGCGAAUAUUUCACGAAAAGCCGACUGCUGGAUGACGUACGAAGAGUAUUGUAAUUUGACCAGGUAAUGCAUGGUUUUUUACAGCUUUAUUCUGAAUGUAGCUCUGUCAGUUAAUAAACUGUUUGUCAAGUUUCCUCCUGUGAGUUUGUCAAGUUUCCUCCUGUAGAACAAUAAGGGAUGAUCCUUACUGGACCUCUACAGUAAAGAACAAUGAAUAAAUUGUUCGUUACUGUAGAGGUCCAGUAAGAAUCAUCCCUUAUUGUUCUACAGGAGGAAACUUGACAAACUCUUUUAUAUUGAAUUAUUCUAUAACUUCCAGUAAUCUUUUGUUCCUAGAAAUCCAUGAGUAAGAGUGACUCCGCGUCGAUCCAGUGUUACUACAGGAAGAAAUCUUAAAACUUUAUUCAUGCUGUACAGCUCUAUCAGUUUUAAAUUUGUCUUCCUAAAAGUUCAGUGUAUAUAAGAGUCAUUCUUUAGUGGUCCAGUUUUACUACAGGAGGAAACAUGAGUAUAUCUGGAGAAAACCUACGGUGUUUAAUUGGUAGACUCAAACUGAAUUCCCUCUUUUACCAGAUAAAUAAUCAUAAAGUUUUCCACAAACAGAAAAUAUCCAAAUCAUUUUAUCGUCCUUAUAGGCACAUUGAUUCACGAUUUGAUAAAUGUUGGAAGCCCAGUGAAGAAGACCCGUACUGGCCAUCAUACGUGUUCGAUAAAGUCAGACUUUAUUUGGAGCGCCCCCGAACUCAAGUGCGAAGUGAAAACAGCAUUUUUGAUAUUGUACAUAAUAGGACGAUACAUUGAUACCGAAAAAUAUCUAGUUGCACGAAUUAUAAGAUAAGUGAAACAGAAUGUGAUGUUGUGUGUGCUCUUUUGCUGUGUGUGUGCGACUUUACUAGCUUGUUUGUUUGUUUUACUGGAAGCAUUCGGAGGUCAAAUAUCUUGAUAGCGCCAUACAUAAUUAAACUUACAACCUUAAACUACUAGUACAGUAUAUUAUUCUAUAUUACUUCCAGGAUAAUCCUAUGAUAUUGUUUCAUUGUUUUAAUUUGCCGAUUGUCUUUCUUACUCAUAUCAGCCAAUUGAAUAAUGUAGUGUCAAUUCUGAAAAACCUUUUCAAACUGAAACACUGUACAUGUUUCCCACUUAGCGUUUUAUAAAUUCCCCUAAAUUCUAGUCUAAAUGUCAAGCUAUAUAGUCAAGUUUUAUUAAUAAUUGGCAUACUUAAGUUUACCUCAUGAAUGUCAUUGGAUUUCAAGUUUAAAUGUUCUAAUUUCCAUCGGCUUCAAUGUAAUCUCAAAAUCAUCGGUCGGGACCAGAAUUUUGUUUCGUCGCUUAGCUCGUUUCCAGUCCACUGUAUGUUGGCGCUGACUCUUCACCAGGUUUGCACUGAGGUUGAGUUCGGUGACGGCCAAGAUGGUGAAAUCUUGAAACAAACCUUUCAAUUGAACUGUGACAGCUUUUGAAAGUUCAACAUCUUCACCCACAGCAAACUGAUGUUCUAGACGUAACAACACAGACUUGCCGAAACGUUCUAAUGUUAACAGAUGAACAUUCGCUGGUAAUGACCGAGUCAAGGCUUGGUAACUAGCUUGGUUACCACUGCCUGCUGAGAAAGCUAGCGAAGGACGUAACAUUUCUUCCUCGCCAACAGCGCGAUGUAAUUUUGCCGAGGAUUUUGCUGCUUCAAGUAGAAGUAAAAGUUUCCCUCGGACAAUAAGACCUCGUCCGUUAAUUCCUGGUUCAUUCAAUGCUUCAUUAACACCUCUUUUAUCAUCGUGGAGUAACCUACGAUGUACCAUGAACUCCAAGGAACCAUCUUUUAUACUCGAGCCUCCUAAUGAGCGGUCUGUCAUUAUGGUCAGUUGAACACCAGACUCAUCUUUGAUGUAAGCUCGACUGUUGACCGGGUAAUAAUUCCCUGCAACAGGUUCUGUAU